UAUUUCUAGACACAUAUUAAUACCUGAGCGCUUGUACUAGGUACAGCACAAUAAGUCAGUGGUUUGCUAAUACACACUUCUGCUUCAAGACAAGGAAGAGAAACACUGUGAAUACUGAAUUUUGUUGAACGUCGUUUGUAUUAGGACAGUGACAGUGACAGUGAGGCUACAGUGAGCUGGAAUCGGACGUGGGAGACAAGAAAUGCCUACAAAAUUUGGUGGGGAACAUGUUUAAAGACUGAACUUUAGAAGCGGUUGAGAUAAGACCAUAAUACAAUAACUAGGUGGGAGGUUGUUAACUGAAUCAGGACAAAUAUACACAUGCGUGUAUCGAAAUGUCACAUCGUUGCUAUAUUUGUAAUUGUUAACGUAUGGAAGAAGUCUCAUUUCAUGUUUGUAGGAGUAUCUGUCUCUCCAUGCAUUUCCUAUGCCCAGCGCCAAGAUUUAAUUUGGUAUCGCUAUAUUCCUAAAGCUAAAUAUAUGUUUCGCACGGCUGUCAUGUUGUUUAUUUAAAUUACGCAGAAAAUUUCUUGAGGGGCGCUGAGUAUUUUAGAGGUUUUUUACCACAGACUUUACGGAGCUAAUGUCGCUUUCAUCUCAGAAGUUCGUACAGCUUCCGUAUUAUUAUAUUACGAAAUUUAGAUAUAAAAAGUUGGGGCGGUUCAUGGCUAUAUAAUAUUUAUACAAAGUUUAAUGAAAAUCCAUUAGUUCGUUCAAACGUUAUUGCUGGGAGCGAUGUGACAUUACAUGGGCUUAAUGCCAUAACCUCUCUUCCGUCAUAAAAUAGGAGAACGGGAAACUUGUGAGGUAAACUUGAAUACCAUUUCGCAUUAUAAAUUAUUAUGGUGUUAUUAGGAUAAAGUAGAAAGGUGGAGUAAUUCUUUUGAUAAGGGAAGUGAAUUGUGAAUCAGGGUGUCCUGUACCUGCCGAAUCUUUGGCUGCAAGUGAUGUUCGCAGAGUUCAACUAUAGCACUAAUUCCGUGGGAUAAACUGUUGAAACGAUUGCUGGUUUUGCUUGUACCUUUGGCCACGUUUGGAAAGAAUCAAACUGGACAGAUUGUUUAACUGCCAUGUGCUCCGACAGUGGAAGGACAGACGGGAAGCACCAUUUAUAAUCGAUCUAUCCGACGCAACACAGUAAUCUGACAGGCGGCACGAUGUAUGGGUUGCUACUGGAAAACAUGGCGGAGUACAUCAAGCAGGUGUAUGGCGAGGACAAGUGGGAGGAAAUCCGACGCCAGGCAGCCGUCGAACAGCCCAGUUUUAGCGUACACCAGGUGUACCCAGAGAACCUCAUACCACGGCUAGCUAAGAAGGCCAUCCAGGUGCUGGGAGUUACUGAAAGGGAAUUCUUUGACCAAAUGGGAGUUCACUUUGUGGGCUUUGUGAGCCAAUAUGGUUAUGAUCGCGUUCUAUCCGUGCUGGGACGGCACAUGAGGGAUUUCCUCAAUGGAUUGGACAACCUACACGAAUACCUCAAAUUUUCAUAUCCCCGCAUGCGAGCACCAUCUUUCAUCUGUGAAAAUGAAACGCGUGAAGGUCUUACACUUCAUUAUAGGAGUAAACGACGAGGCUUUGUUUACUAUACCAUGGGCCAAAUAAGAGAGGUAGCAAGACAUUUCUACCAUAAGGAGAUGCUAAUUGAGCUGGUGAGAGAGGAGCUGUUGUUUGACACCGUUCAUGUUACCUUCCAGCUGACAUUUGACAACCGAGCAUUCACAUUAGCGUCGCUUACCAUGACUCGAGAAGAGAAACAUUUGCCCAUUAGUGCUUCUAUGUUGUUUGAGAUAUUUCCAUUCAGCGUUGUGUUUGGAUCUGAUAUGGUGGUACGCAGUAUAGGAAAUUCACUCAUGGUAAUAUUACCUGAUCUCAUUGGGAAGAAAAUCACGAAUUGGUUUGAUCUUGUACGUCCACUGAUUGCUUUCAAGUUUCAGUCGAUUCUGUAUCGAACCAACAACAUCUUUGAGCUGGUGACAGUUGAACCUGUUCUAACUGAACGUCCUUCUGACCGAAAGAGGGACAUUGUCCUUCUUAGUGAUGAGUCUGAUAGUCUACCAGACGACAAGAAGCUCAGGCUUAAAGGACAAAUGAUAUACAUGGACAACUGGAGGAUGAUGAUGUAUUUAGGAACUCCUGUAAUGCCAGACCUCAAUUCACUUAUCACCACAGGUCUAUACAUCAAUGAUCUCUCCAUGCAUGAUUUCAGCAGGGAUCUGAUGUUGGCUGGAACCCAGCAGUCAGUGGAACUGAAACUAGCUUUGGAUCAAGAACAGCAGAAAUCAAAGAAGUUGGAAGAGUCAAUGAGGAAACUUGAUGAGGAAAUGCGGCGAACUGAUGAGUUACUGUAUCAGAUGAUCCCAAAACAGGUGGCAGACCGACUUCGCACUGGCGAAAACCCCAUUGAUACAUGUGAGAUGUUUGACAGUGUAUCUAUCCUGUUCUCUGAUGUGGUGACAUUCACAGAAAUAUGCAGCCGUAUCACACCUAUGGAAGUUGUCUCAAUGCUCAAUGCGAUGUAUUCCAUAUUUGACACGCUUACUGAACGAAAUGGUGUCUACAAGGUGGAGACAAUAGGUGAUGCAUACAUGGUAGUAUCAGGUGCACCAGAAAAGGAAAUCAGUCAUGCUGAGAAGGUGUGUGACAUGGCCCUUGAUAUGGUGGAAGCCAUCACUGAUCUAAAGGAUCCUUCUACAGGUUCUCAUCUGCAGAUCCGAGUGGGUGUGCAUUCUGGUGCAGUAGUAGCUGGCAUAGUAGGACUCAAGAUGCCUCGUUAUUGUCUGUUUGGCGAUUCUGUCAAUACAGCCUCACGCAUGGAGUCGACAAGUGAGGCAAUGAAGAUUCAUAUCUCUCAGUCAACCCGUGAUUUGCUGUCUCCAAUAUACAUGGUCACUGAACGUGGAGAGAUUCAAGUUAAAGGGAAAGGUAGUAUGAAGACAUACUGGCUUGAUCGCCGUGAAUUUCGUAUGCCACUAGCUCGGCGACCAUCAUCUGUCGGUACAAAAUCAGAAUAUGAAAAACCUGAAACUCCUGUUACCUUCCAGGAUAUAGCGAGGCGGUCCAUUGCAAACUCUCCAGUCAAGAUAAACAAACAAAGAGAGUCCCGAUCGAAUUCUAUGGGUGCAGUGUUCAUGACGUGUGGCCAUUCUGUCAUCAGUGAACAUGAAACCAAUGACCAAGUCUCUCUCAAAGCGCCUCGUUCUAGGACUUUGACAGCACCCUCUCUCAUAAGAACUACAACUACUGUUACUGCUACUUCUUCAAGAACAGGAACAUUAUUAUGCAAAUCUCCUUCUUCACUUAAUAAUCCAAAUGAACCAUUAAUAUUACCCUUACCCCCAAUACCCUGUCCCUCUCCACCAUCCAUCCCCAUCUUUCCAACAACUCCAACUCCUGCUCCUGUCUCAGUCACUGACACCACGACAGAAGUGUCAAUGCAACUUUCCAGUCAGAGAGGCAGCCUGGCAGACAGUGAGAUGAAUCCAUUGCCUAGGAAUGUUGCUGAGGGGAGUGAUGAAGAUGAAGUUCUAGGAACAAAUAUACCAAGGGGGUCAGUGGGGCUACCAUCCACAUCACAGUCAGAUGGGAAUCUUUGUGUGCGGGCAAGACGAGUAGUCCUUUUAGAUGAGGAACAACAGCAGCAGCAGCAGGAUCACAGUCAACAUCGUCACCACCAUCACCAUCGUCAUAAUCACAGUUACCAUGGACAACAGCAACAGCACUGUUGUGCAAGGUUUGGAAGUGGUGACAGUGGCAGUAGCAAACAUCGUCUACACAGCAACUCUUGUGUUCUAGUGUGAACAUGUGCAAGCAUUCACCAUACAUUCAUAACUUAACCAAAAUUGGAUUUAUUUCCAUGACAAGAAGGCAGUUUCCAAAGUAACCCUUUCCAGAAUAUAAUGUUCAAAAUGCAAUAAUGUACCAAUGAAACUUAAUGAAAUAAUUUGUUGAGCUUUUAUAUAGCAUUUUCCUUCUACUAUACUUGUAAUUGACAAAGGCAUUCAAUUAUAUUCAACUUCUGUAAUAAUUUGUGGGUGUGCUGUUGGUAACAGAUAUUCUUCUGUAGGUUCAAUUGGAAAAUUCUGUUACUAACAAGACAGCUAAACAAUUUUGUUCGUUGUUAAUCUGGGCUGCAUUUGUAUCACUGCAGUUAUUUGUAUGCCAGAUCUUGUUUCAGUGAAGUUGUAGUGGAGUUGUAAUAUGGUGGGCUGAAUAUUGUGCAUUUGAAAAGUAGUAUGAAUAUUUUUAAAUUAUCUGGAAAAGAAUUAGGAUGACAUCUCAGUCUAUUUUAUGCAGGAGAAUAAUAAUUUUAAAAUAUCAUGCAAUAAUAUUCUUGAAGGAUGUGAAUGGAACAAUUGAGGAACAGAGAUCUAGUGCCCAUAAACCAUCUUACAAAGACUUUUGCCUGUCUUCCAUCUUUAAAUCUCUUCAUAAUAUGGCUGAAAUAUCUGGUGUUAUUUCUGUGAAUGUUAUAAUGGGCUCAUGUGUAUAUGUUUCCCAUUUGUUUUAUUUGAAUUACAUUGAAACACAUUUGAAAUUUAAUUACAUAAUGUUAAGCAAUCCAAAACCUUGUUCUCAAGUUACACGUAAUUUUCAAGAAGACUUAUUUAAUUUUAUGGAUACUAUUAGAAAUGUUCACAUUAUUUAUGUCUGGCUCUUCAGUGUUUCAUAAAGGAAAUUCACAUUUUAAAUAUUUUAUAUUAUGUUGAUUUUGGGGUGUAUGUUCAAAAUUUUUGUGUUAUUUCAGUUAAAAAUUUUGGUGUUGCUUCUGUUAAAAUAACAUUUUAAAUAUAUCUGUGGUUUUGGUGAUUUCAUGUAAGGAAAUUGUUAAUAAGUUCUGUAAGAUAUUGAGUUCACAGUCACCCACUAGUAUGAACAGAUUCAUUUAUGGUUUUAUGACUCUUAAGAGGGUUGUACUCAGAGGAAACUAUUUUCAUGAAAUUGGUUUCGUAAAAUUGGAAACUAUGGUUAUAUUGAAAAAAGCUGUUGUUUUAAAUUUGAGGUCAUACACUGAGUCAAAUGAAUUGAAUGUCGCAUGAUGUUCUAAUCUGUUACAGUAAGUCCUCUGUAUCUGUCAGUAAUUAGUCCCUUAUAAAUUAGUUGAAUAAGGAAAUGUAAAUUUCAGAAGUAUUGAAUCGUGUGUUGAAAUGAUAAUUUGUUCCUGGGGAAAUCAAAUAAUUGACCAUCAGACUAAUAUUAUGGGUAAAUAAGCACACAAAUUUGGAAUAGUUUAAUAAUUUAUUAAUUGCAUAUUUUAUAUAUUCCAAUAUGCAUGAAAUUAAAUUUUAAGAAAAUAAUUACUAUUUAAUAAAUUUAUUGAAGAAACUUAAAGUGCAGAAGUUGAUGGAUGUGAAUUACUCAUCAUCCUGAAAUAGGAUUCUAGUGUUAGUUUGAUUCCAGCCUUCUUCAUUUCAGGGAAGAUGUCCUUGUAGCAAUGAAGAUCAGCUACCACAAUUCUGAUGACUGCUUAUUUUCCAGCUUCAAAAUCAGCAAUAAUUUUUUAUUUCCAAAGUUGUAAAUAUUGAUGGCCUCUUGGCUUUCUUAAUUGAUUGCACAGAUAUGGGCACUGAUUAUAUUGUAAAAUAAACAAAUGAGGAAAAAAUCAUUAGCAUUUGCAAAAUAUGAAGGUCCUGUUGCUAGACCGAUGUCUGCAGUGCAACUAAUGAAUGCUAGAUGAUUAAAAAGUUGACACUGGUGACAGCUAUGGAAACAAUGAUGUUAAAGAGUAACCAGGCAAUAUGAGAAGCAAUAAAUUCAGGGUUGACAGAAAACAAGGGCUUACUAUAUAGAGAAAAUAAUCUUCCCAUACUUUAAUUUUUUCCUGUAAUUUAUUUCAUGAAAUUAAGUUAUCUUAUAUAAUACAGAACUAAAAGAUUACAUCUUGGAACUAUAAAACUAUGGAAGCAUUAGGCCUACUAGUACUUUAAUACAUGUUUGCCUUUCAUAUUGGUUUUGGUGUAUAGUGAGAAAAUUGUCAUGGUGAUAUUAUCUUGCCGGCAUGUCUCAUCAGUGUACUAUGAAACAAGUAAUAUAAAUGCAACUAAGAGUGUCUUCAGAAACAUUUCAUUACUGACAUGAUCUUUAGGAUCACUCAUUAUAUCACUCUUUGUUGCUAAUUAUUUUUAAGAGAACAGUUAUUGUGCAAUAUUCUGAAACUCAUAAACUCUGGAAAUGUCUGUCUUUAGCACUGAUUUAAAUACAACUUUCAAGUUGGCUAUUUGAAUGGUACUGUACUUAAUGGAUGUUUUUUACACCUGUAAUAUGUCAUAAUCCAAAAGAAAACACUCCAAAAAUAAGUAAAUAUCUGUAUCCAUUUUAAAAAUGUAAAAGCAUAUGGUGAAACAUUUUAAAAUAUGAUACACUAGACAAAAUACAGUUUAAUUUUGAUAAAAUUAUAAUACAAAAUUAGUAGCAUUCCAAAAUUGAAUGGUAUCUUAAGGCUCCUAUCAGUAUAUUUCUUCUUCAGAAUAUUUCAAUAAGAAACAUUUUCCUAGUGUAUAAUAUAUUGCCUUGUACGCUUUAAUCAUUAAUUCAAUGCAGAAGUAUUGCUGGCAAUACUUUAAAUGGUGUAUUGAAUUGUGAAUGUUAAAUUCCACAUGGAACACACAGUGAUUCACUCAUUAACAAAACUGAGAUCUGCCCUGUCAAAAGAAGGAUAUCACAUAUCUUCAAAUCAAAUUUUUGUACUAAUUCUUUUUUUCUCUCCAAAAUUAGGGUAUGUAAUGCUGGCAUUUGCAUUGAUUUAGAAAUACUGACCACGAUUGCUGCUAAAGAAUGUUCUAAUUUUUAUAAAAAAUGCACACAUUUAGCAAUAGGUAUAUUUAAUCCCUUUAAGUUAUGCACAUUUAUACAUGCAUGAUGUUGUUCUACAUAGAGAAUGUGUGUAUGACCUUUGAUAUUAACAUUUUCUAAUGUUUUAAUUUAUUUAUAGCUUUGAAAUGUAAGGAACUAUAAAGAUGUAAAAUUGAUAAAGUAUUAGUAAAGAUACAUAAAGUAACUAAAGAGACCCUCUGGUGUACUGGAUAUUAAUUCUAUUCUCACAUUACUGGUCACAAGAGAAGCUUCAUUGUGUUCAUUCACAAUGGAAACUUAAAAUCUUAUAUAGUUUUUCAUGUUGUAUUAUUACAUAUUAGUCUACAUUUUGUAAUGUUAUUAUUAUUAGUUAAUCCACAAAAAUACAUAAAAAUCUAAGAAUUUCUCCCAGCAUCAGAACAGUUUUUGGUGGCUAUUAUAAAAAUGAUUGUGGGGAAUAAUGUUUACUCUGCCCUACCCCUGGUGCAGAUAUGGUAUAAAAAUAUAUUCUGGAGUAAAUUUGAACUUCAGUUUUAUGACAUUCAAAUGGAAGAAAUAAAUCUCUAUUAAGGUGGUACACACAUCUCAACAUGACAAACCAGCAUGUAGGAUUAAUAGAGUACUAUCUAGUUCUAGUUAUUUGGACAGUUCACAUGUGUAUAUGUUUCAUGUGGAAUUUUAUAUAUUAUGUUUUAAAUGUUCAGUAUUUUGAUUAUUUGUACAGAGACAAUAUGCUAUAAAUGUUGUUAGGUAUUUAUUUUAUUACCAGUGACAUGAUAUUCUUGACUGUGUUGUACACCUUACAACUGUGUAGUAUCUACGUUAGUGGUUAGAUAAUGGCCAAUAAUUCUAUUUUCAAAUACUCACAUUCUGUAGUGUUGUUAUUGAGCAUAAAGUUAUCUAUACUGUC